CACAUAAAGUGUCCGGGUGAGAAACGCUGCUGCGUAUUUUUCCCUCGUGAGCUCCGUCUUAUCUCGCGUUGUUUUAGUUUGGAGCGGUGGUGAAGUCCUGCACUUUUCCAGCUCACUGAGAACAUGACGCUUAUAACUAUGUCCCAAUGUAGGGCAAGAAGCCUGCAGAGGCUGCUGCGGUGCAAACCCGCGUCAGGAAGCAAGGCAUCCUGCAGCAGACUGGUUUUAGGCAUCGAGACCAGCUGUGAUGACACUGGAGCUGCUGUGAUGGACGAAACUGGAACCAUACUGGGAGAAUCUCUGCAUUCCCAGAAAGAGGUACACCUGAGGAAUGGUGGCAUCAUCCCCACAGUAGCUCAGCAGCUCCACAGGGAAAACAUUGAGCGUGUGGUCCAGGAGGCUCUGGACAGGAGCGGCGUGACUCCAGCUGAGCUCUGCGCCGUGGCCACCACCGUGAAGCCUGGCUUGGCUCUGAGUUUAGGUGUCGGCCUGCAGUUCAGUCAGAGAUUUGUGAGGGAGCACAAUAAGCCGUUCAUUCCUAUCCACCACAUGGAAGCCCAUGCCUUGACCGUUAGAAUGCUCCAUCCUCUAACCUUUCCCUUCCUGGUGCUUCUGGUGUCUGGUGGCCACUCACUCCUGGCUGUAGCUAGAGGAGUCAGGGACUUUCUGCUCCUUGGCCACACGCUUGAUGAAGCUCCAGGGGACACACUAGAUAAAGUGGCCAGACGUCUGUCCCUCAGGAAACACCCACAGUGCUUCACACUGAGUGGAGGGCAAGCCAUAGAGCUUCUGGCAAAGGACGGUGACAGGAAGAGGUUUGGUUUCAGGACACCUAUGGGGCAAACUCCCGACUGUUGCUUUUCUUUCGCCGGACUUCGGAAUCAGAUUACGAUGUUGAUAAAGAAGAAAGAGGCAGAGGAAGGUGUAGAAGAAGGAACUCUUCUGUCAUGUGUGAACGACAUUGCAGCUGCGACUCAGCACACGGUCGCCUUACAUCUUGCAAAGAGGACACAUCGUGCUGUCCUGUUCUGUAAAGCCAACGAUCUGCUGCCUUCAGGCAACCCAACCCUGGUGUUGUCUGGAGGAGUUGCAAGCAACCAGUAUAUCCGUAAAGCUCUGAUGAUUAUCACAGAGGCGACUGGACUACGACUGCUCUGUCCUCCGGCCAAAUUCUGCACCGACAACGGCGUGAUGAUCGCCUGGAAUGGAGUUGAGCGCCUGAGAGAAGGAAACGGGAUCCUGCCGCCAGAUGUGGACGUCAGCUAUGAGCCAAAAGCUCCACUGGGUGUGGACAUCUCAGCGGAGGUGAGGGCUGCCGCCAUCAGGUUACCAUCGAUCCAGUUGAAGAUCCCAAACUGACAGCCAGAAUUCCCUGAAUCCGAGUUUAAACUGUGUGUAUAUAGGAGCUGUUUGUUCUGUUAUUUAUUAAUAAGUAUAUUUUCAUAUGAAAUUUUAUGCUUAAUUGAGUCUGAGAAAUAAACGGAUCCUGUGUGAUAGAAACACUGAGGUGUGAACAUUCAGUGUCUCUUUCCACAGGAGCCACAUUUAAUGAGUUACAUGCUAAUAAAACCCCAACCUGAGGAUCA